AUGGCGGACAAUGGCAACUGGUCUGUACUUACUCAAGAAAUACCCACCGGCUCCGGCAUCCACCAAAUGGUGGCAGAUGUACAGGUAAAUGGCCAAACAGUUUCCAAACAUGUGUUUCCGACCAAUGAAACAAGCAUGGGAAUAGUCAAGAACAUCGGUGGAUGCAGACUGGCAGGUUCUGUUUACAUGAGCAAUACCACUGUUAACGACCCAGCCAUUUGCUCUACGGUGACAUGCGAUGUAAAUGGAGUUGCCACAGCGGUCAAUCAAUGCCCCCCAAUGCACCAUUGCCAGGGUAAUGGGAGUUGUGUUUUUAACACAAUGUGCACUCUGACCGGUUGCACCGUCAUCAAUUUUGUCGGCCGUGUUCAUAACAUCUCCGACCGCUGUGGAUACACCGCACUGAGGUCUGAGGCUGUCCCAAAUGUUCGCAUCCAUGCAGUUUUCCGGGAACGACUCCGUAAAGAUGUUGGCUUAUUAGACCACAUUAUUUUGCAUCUGGACAGCCAAGAUGUUCAGAUUAUCCUGUUGCAAGGAGGCAGAGUCAAGAUCAACGGCGAGGUGCUGGCAGUCUAUGCUACACCAAAAGUGGUCCAUGGUGUGGAAAUUUCAAAGGUCCAGAAUGGAGUGACUGCCAAAAUAUUAGCCUCCAACUAUACACUUUCAGUCUUCUUUGAUGGAAACACAGCACAGAUUCACUUGAUAGGCAAAAAUGUCGCUGCUGUGCAUGGACUAUGUGGGAAUUCCUCUUUGGAUUUUAACCAAGAGAGAGUUGCUGAUCACAGCAUCGCAGGGUGUGAGAUGCAAUUUAAAGACGCUGAUGAUAGUAUGAUCAACUGUAAAGCUGCAACUGAAUGGUGCAAUCUCAUGUGGCAAGAUCCAUUCACUCAGUGCCACAUGUACAUCGAUCCAGAGCCCUUUGUGUCAGCCUGCAUCAGCAAUUUGUGCCAGUAUCCUGCUGUGGAUGGUCUCAAAUGCCAGUUAUUGGAGGCCUACGCCCGAGCCUGCUACGACCAAAGCAAUGUCAAUGUUGACGGCUGGAGGUCGUCAGCUAAAUGUGAUGCUGGUCAUCAAGCCCUCUGCCAAGACAAGUACUGUAGUGAACACGAGUACUGCGGUGAAGGCUAUGACGGACAAACCCACUGCCUUUGUCGGGCUAUUUUUGCCUCUGACUACAGAGCCACAGAAAAAUUCGGUGAGCCAAUGGUUUGCAGCCAUUCAUCUGCGUUAGUCGACAUGUACUGUUGCCUUCUAGAGGAGAAAGGUAUAGACUACACAAAACUGCAUCUUAAUGAUGAAAGCUGCAAAGGUGAUGUAAAUAAGGAAACCCACAUGGUGAGAUUCAACUUUAAUCGGGACAACACUUGUGGUGCAAUCAUUAAGGCAAACACCACAAAAAUAACCUACCAAAAUGUCAUUGCGACACCAAAGUUUUCCACUGUGGUGACCCGUUUCAACAAGUUGCUCAUGGAUUUUUCCUGUCAUUUUGACCAACCAGACCUGGAGGGUCUGGCGAUCAGAAUGAUAGACAGCCCUGUGAUUAAACACUUCACGUCAGGAGAAUGGAAUUAUUCUUUAACCAUGGCAGCAUACACUGACCCUGAAAGAACACAACACAUAGAGAGAAACAAAGAGGUCCGGUUAAACCAGAAGAUCUGGGUGGAGGUCAAAUCAUUUGGGCUGGAUGGAGGUGCUAUUUCUCUGGUGACAGAAUCCUGCUGGGCUACAAAUCAGUCGGCUUCAGAGGGUAGCCUUCGAUAUGAACUUAUCAUUGAAGGAUGUCCCAAUACUGCAGACGGGACGAUCAAUAUUGAAGGCAAUGGAGAGGGAGCAUCAAACUACUUUUCCUUUAACGCGUUCAAGUUCUCAGACAACAACAAUGAAAUGUUCCUACACUGCAGAGUAGAGUUGUGCGUUCAACAGGGAGACUCUUGCAUCCGGAGGUGCAACUCAUCACGAAGGAGACGAAGAUCUGUGCCUACAACUGUUGGUGAUGGUGAUCCAUCCAUCAUCACCAUGGCUUGGGCCUGA